UUAAAAAUACUGAAUCAAUAACUUGAAUCAAUGUUUCAUCAGUAUCAUAAUCCAUCUUUGUUCAGUACACUGUUUUAAAAUUAUGCCCCUCAACUUCAUCAGCCUGUUAACACUUUAGGACUCUUUGUGACCUUCAAACCUACCUGCGGGUACCUCCCAGGCAAUAGAGACAGAUUAUCAGAUAUUGGUAGCAGUAGCAUUAUUAGCCAAAGUGCAAUAACACAUGCAGCAACAAUGGCACCUGCUUUCAGGGUUCAUGUAAUUUUGGUGGUGUUGGUAUGUUCCCGACUGUCUAGUGUGAUGGGCACCAAUGCUACUGAAUCUGUGGUGGAUGUUGCUGCAAACCUGAAUGCUAGUAUAUUUGUGGAUUUUGUGGAGAAGCUUCCAGAGUCUCUGUCACACUAUCUGAAGAAUGGAAAAGGCCCCUUCACCCUCUUUGUUCCCACCAAUGCAGCUUUUGCCAAGUUGCCUGCUAACAUAAGGAAUCAACUCCAAACCAAUAAAACCUACAUGAUGGAUGUCAUGUCUUUUCACAUUGGGGAAGGAUUGGAACUGAAGGCAGACUUCAUCAAUGAAAGGCUGAUACCAACCCUGUAUUCUGCUAAUACACAGAAAAGGGUGCGGCUGAAUGUGUAUCAAAAGCCAGCAGAGAAAGUUUAUACAGCCUCUGGUGCCCCAGUGAGCAGAUUUGAUGAGCUGGCCUCCAAUGGGGUGGUCCACCUCCUGGACCAGGUGAUGUACCACCUCCCCUCACAGUCUGCCGAUGAUGUCAUUGUUCUUGCGCCGGAAUAUUUGCAGCUGGACUACCUGAUUGAGAUGUCGGGACUCAAUGCCAGUACAAUAGCUGGAGGUGGCCCCUUCACUUUCUUUGCUCCCACCAAUGAAGCCAUAUAUAGCCUUCCCCCAGGGGCGAUGUACGAGUUUGAAGUGAAUCACAUGGCACUCAUAGCUGUUCUCCAGCACCACAUAGUGAAGGGGACAUAUUAUGCAGCAGGGCUGUACAAUGGACAGAUAUUACAAAGCUACCUAGGGCAGGAUUUAAAGGUUAUCCUGAAUGGAACUGUGGUGCUCGAAAGUGUUGAUAGUCCUAAUACCGUAACCCAAGUGACCUCAGCAGAUGUCUCGGUCACAGAUGGAGUCAUGCAUGGUGUCAACAGGAUGAUGCUUGUGCGCUAUAACUAG